CAGCCCUGCACAGGACCCUCCCCAAUCACAGGAUAUUCCAAGUGGGAAGGGACCCACAAGGACCAUCAAGUCCAGCCUGUCUUUAAACUAUUUGGUUUUCUCACUUUCUGUGGUUGGUGAAAACCCUGACCGUGGAAUCACCUGUUACAGACCAAAACCUUGCUGCUGACUCAGGAUUUUUCUCAGAGAAUAUUAGUUAGGAGUGAGCAACCCUAAAGUUCUUUCAGGACAUCAGCUUUGCAUGGAGCUCUGCAUUCCCAGCUCCAUCAAGGAAGUCUUCAAGAAAGCCCAAAGUGAUGUUUGGGUUCAUCCCUCCAAGUGCCAUUUCAGUGAUUUCCACCCAUUUUAAUUUGCAUCUGGAAGUGCUGACAGCACACACAACAACCUACAGAGCAUUAACACACCUGAGAACACCUGUCCUGCCAAAUAGACCCGCAGAUCUCACUUAAAAGAGGAGAUUUAUGGAAAAAACCACUGUAGGUCAUGGUGGGGAAACCCAUUUCUACCUCUGCUCCCCUAAUAAUCCUUUAUCAGGGAGCCUCAGGUACCAACAGGACCCAUUUCACCCCCAGCUGUAAAACUUGAACCCACCAACUCCUGCAGCGCAGCUCAAACCGUGAAUUUCAGAGAAAAUCCCGGAGAAAUCCUAAAUUUCAGAGCAGCCCCAAUCCCAGCAGAAAUCACUCGGGCAAAAUUCCCAAUCCCUGUGAAGAAGGAGGGAAAGCUUACCGAGUUCAGCGGGACGAAGAAGGCAGAGGAGCUGAUGAGGAGCCCGGAGCUCCCGGCCCUUUUUAUACUCCCUGCUGGCCCUCCUGGCUUAUCUCAGACGCCCUGAGUAUUCAAAAAGGUUUGGAGCCUUAUUGGUUGGAAAACAAAUUUGCCUGUGCACGUCAUAUCUUCAAUUAAUAUAAUUUUCUUCAUUGUUUGGGAUUAUUAGUGUGUUCCCAGCCUCCCAUAUGGCACAUGUAUUACAGGUUCCUUUCAUCUGCCAAUUGUCUGGGCCAGCUACAUUCCUGAUACCAUUUUAUUGUCUCCGUUGUGAAAACUGGAGUUUAUUUCUGCAUAAUAUAAAAGUCAUUUCUGCCUUCUCAAGGACAUUGGAGAGAGAGAAAUUUUCAGCAAAAAAGGAAAACUCUUCCAUGUAUUGGAUAUUUGUUUUUCACUAGAAACUGGUGCAACACGACACAGGCUUUUGAUUUAAAGGAAAAGCAAAUGUAGAUGUAGGAGUUUUAUAUCAAACUUCAGCAACUCAAGGAAAAACAGCCAGAACUAUAAAUAAAUCUUAAUUCCAUUCCUCCAAAGUGCUCAUGAAUCGAAGUCAUGUUGCUGCAUGAGCAGAAAGAAUGUUUUCAACAAAAAUUACGACCCUGGCGUUGUUUGCAACACUUCAAUUCACUAAAGGGCUUGACCUCAGCACAACAACGUGGAGAAUUCAAGUAUGAACUUGAUGUGGAAAUAAAGAAAUCAUAAAGAUUAGCACUAAAAGAGCUCUAAAUGCUAUUUUCCAAAGAAUCACGUUCAUAUUUUUUCCACAAAGGAUCAACCACGUGCAUCCAACUCCAGGAACGCCGGAGUUCACGGCAGAACUCCUUGGGUGACCUUCACCUAAUUCCUGGCAUUAAUUUGAAUGGAAAAUAAGCGUAAUAAUGAGCAAACAGGAUGUUGAGGCUUCCUCAGAAUUUUGAAUACCAAAGCACUUCAUAAACACUCAUUAAUGUUUUCAAUUUGCAAAGUGUUGCAGGAUUUAAAUAUUAAUAGUUUGUCACCGAAAGACACCUCCAGAUUUAAUAACAUGGUCACUUCCAAGACACUUCAAGGUCUCUUGUUUCCAAGCCCCAUUAAGGUGCUGCUUUUGUUGUAUGAAAGUCAAAAACCAUUCCCCCCCCCCAUAAAAAUGUUCUAAAAUAGGAAGGGAUAUUUGGGAAUGUUCACAGGGCAGUUGGAAAACAUCUUUGACGUUGGUGUUGUAGAACCCGAGACCAAAAUCCAACAGAGCUGCUGGGAAGGGACACCCCCCAGGAUCACUGGGAAGCAGGCAGAGGUCAGGAUGAUGCUCAGAAGCUCCAGCCCUCCUCGGCACACCAAAGCCGAGCCCGUGCCUUUGGUCCCCAACUUGUUGCACCACAGGACGCCAAAGCCAAGCCAACGGAGCAGCCACGAGGCGAUUGCGCAACGGGCAAUGGUCUGAAUGGCUCCCCAAAUUAUUGCCAGCCCUCCAAUUCCACAGGGAAUUCCCUGCAAUUUUCCCAAAGAUGCGCCGGGCUCGUUUCUCAUUGAUUGGAGAUUAAAGCAAUUCUGGAGGUGUUACGCGCGUGUCGCGACGCCGAGCUCGGGAAAUAUGAAAAUCGGUGACUCCGCUGACGUCAAUCGGAGGGACAAAGGGUCUGAUGAGAUCCCCUGGAUAACUCUGGAGCUCGGGAGGGUAUAAAUACGGACCUCCGAGCCCGGAAUUGCAUCCACUCCUCUCAGCCACUCAACUGCUCCCCUCGGUGAACCGGGCUCACCAACAUCAACAAACGAUGACCUUCUACAGGGACUUCUGCGACGACGGGUGUUACUCCCAGUUCGGAUACGACGACCUCUACGGCUUCAGAUUUGGGAGGCCCUUCAGCUACUCCUGGGAUCAGUUCCGCUACGGGAGCCCCUACGGCUACAGGGGCUUUGGGAGCCUGUUUGGGAACAGGGGCUUCCUUGGCUACGGGGGCUGGUACGGGGACCUGUCCGGGUGGGGGAGUGGAUAUGGAUGGGGGUGUGGAUACCCCUUCUCUCGCUUCGGGGGCAGGUUCAUCUGAAGCAGGAACAGCAACCAAGGACUGAAACGCAGGACACGGACCCACGGCUGAUUUCUGGGGCUGAGAACGCCCAGGGCCCACCCCCCUGGCUGAGUUCAGGGGGACACGUGGGUGCCGGGCUGCCUGAAACUGCUCCACGUGUAACUACUCCCUGUGUAACCACUCCAAGUGUAAUCCUCUCUAACGUCUCCUGUUUCUUCAGCUGUAGCUCCAAAGGGCAACUUGAAUUGCAGCAAGAGCUGAGGCACCUUCAGAGCAUGUUGGGGGAGUAGAGCAAGACUCUGGGUGUGAGUAAAGUGCCUUUUAGUUUUAAUUCACAACCUCUUGGUAUUGUCACAGUAGUAGGAGUUCCUGCAAGCACUUUGCUCAGCCUUUAACUUCACCCAAGAUGACAUCUAGUAGAGAAGCUCCUGUUCCAUGUCCAUGCUGUGCCUCAUCUGGCAGUGAACGUGACUUCCAAGCAACUCUGAGAGCAAGAAACUUGUCCUGUGCUGUCAAACUCCACCAUUCCCACCAGGAAAAGCAUCACCCACCCUCAGAAACCCUCUGCUUGCUGAAGACCCUUUUGUAGCUCUGCAAACUUGUUCUUUCUGUAACUCACUGUUUCUCAUUUUCAUUAAAAUUACUCUGUUUAGCUGCAUCAGGUGUCUGGUCUUCUCUUGUCUGGGCUCACACACCACUUAAAAAGGACCACCAGCCACUCCAAAGAGCCAUGGAAUAGGAGAGAACUUUAGACUCCAGAUGUUGGAGACAAACACCACAUCUCCACCUGGAUUGCUCCUGCCCUGACUCAUUUCCCCAAGUAGGAGGAAGUU